CUCAUUUUCAUUCUCGGAAGUGGGGUUUGUUCGAGCAACCCCGUUCUCAGUCUUACCUGCAUAGAAUUAAUCAAUCUUUAAAUUCCCUUAUUAAAAAAAUCCCAUUUUUUCUGCUCUUCUCUUUGUAUGUGAGACUAUUUCCUUACUCUAGGGUUUGAAAAUUUGAUGAAUAAUUCUUUAUCUUUGAGCCCCUCAUCUUGUUCUUCCCCAUAAAAAACGAAGUUCUUUUCUUUUAUAAUUUCUAACCCACAUUCCCAGUUGCGAAAAAUAAAAAACAAUAGUUUGAAAGAAUUAGUCUUUUAAGUUUCCGUUUCAAUUGAGUAGAUUUUAUUUUUGGGUUUUGAUUAUUGUUUGGAUUGUUCUUACAAUUUUUUCUUCUUUAGUCAUCAUUUCUUCGUGUGUAAUAAAUUUUGAUUUGAAGGGAUUAUUGGAAGAAGAUUAUCAAUUGGGCUGUUUGUUCCUACGUCAGAUUCUUGCAAAGAAGUUGCUUCUUCUGCUGCAACAAAUACUUCUUCUUUCCAUUUCUGAUGUGGAAGUAGAAGUUGUUGGUGUAGUGUAAGAGAUGGGUUGUGUUUUUGGUAAAUGCUGUAAGAGACCUCAUGUAAAAGGAAAGGAAAACGGGGUGCCAUGCCGUCAAUCAGGUGUUCAAGGAACACCUGUUUUUGCUGAGAGAUCAUUGGAAUGUAUCUCUGUGCCUUCACACAACUUCAGUUUGGAGUACUCGGUCCUUACACAACGAGGAUAUUAUCCCGACUCACCUGAAAAAGAGAACCAAGAUAGUUAUUGUAUUAAGACACGAUUGCAUGGGAACUCAAAUGUUCAUUUCUUUGGAGUGUUUGAUGGGCAUGGGCAAUUUGGUGCUCAGUGCUCCAAUUAUGUCAAGGACAAGCUAGUAGAUAUUCUGUGCAGUGAUUCGACUCUGUUAGAAGAUCCUGUAAAAGCUUACAAUGACGCUUUUCUUAGAACAAAUGAGGAAUUGCACAACAGUGACAUAGAUGAUGCAAUGAGUGGUACAACGGCGAUUACUGCUUUGGUAAUUGGGGAUACACUUUAUGUUGCAAAUGUGGGCGAUUCUAGGGCUGUGAUUGCUCUUAAGAAUGGGGAUAAGAUAAUUGCACAAGAUCUGUCUCGUGAUCAGACUCCAUUCAGGAAAGAUGAAUAUGAGAGGGUGAAGUUGUGCGGGGCACGAGUUUUGAGUGUCGAUCAAGUAGAGGGUCUAAAAGAUCCAGAUAUACAAACAUGGGGUGAUGAGGAGACUGAAGGCAGUGAUCCUCCAAGAUUGUGGGUGCAAAAUGGAAUGUAUCCCGGGACAGCAUUCACAAGGAGUGUUGGAGAUAGCACAGCCGAAAAAAUAGGUGUUGUAGCUGCGCCAGAGGUGUCAGUGAUUCAUCUUACACCAGAUCAUUUGUUCUUUGUCGUUGCAAGUGAUGGUGUUUUUGAGUUCCUACCGAGCCAGGAAGUUGUUGAUAUGGUUUCCAAUCAUCAAGACCCUCGGGAUACAUGUUCUGCAAUAGUAGGAGAGUCUUACAAACUAUGGUUAACCCAUGAAAAUCGUACUGAUGAUAUUACUGUCAUCAUUGUGCACGUCAAAGGUCUCUCCAGCUCAAAUAUAGGGCCCUCUGCUGUAGUGAGCAAGGCAGAUGCAAAACCACCUAUAGCGAGGUUGGAAAAUGCUGCUUCUGACAUAUCUGUUACUACUAGAUCGGACAUAUACCAGUCAGCAGGAAGUAGUUUUUCAGAUCAGCAUCCUAGUCGACCUAUGAUCUCUGCCGGUCAAAGCGCUGUUGCUCAAUCUCCAUUAUAUUCUCGACCGGCAUGAAGAGCAAGGUCUGUGUGCAUCUUUUGAGGAGGAUCCCUAUUGUUUGUAAUUGGACGUCGCAAAUGAUUUUUCCCUGUCUAUUCAUGGCAGCUAUGCGGGUUGGAUUGAUUUCAAGAAGCGCUGAUCGUUUAUAUUGAUCUCCUCAUGACGCGAUAACUGUAAUGAUUGGUCAGCGCUGCUACGGACCAGAAAAUGCAGGGUGUUGUGUCCUCUCUUAAACUUUGCUUGGAGCAUAUUUACUAUACGCCUUGGCUUGCUAAUGUUUGCUUCCAAGUUUUUUACUGGGAGAGCAAGUAUUGCCAUUUUCUGGAUGAAGUAUGUCCUCGGAAGUGAAUAAGAUUGGAGGUGGUGCAUGGCAUUUUUCCGUCAUGUGUUUCUCUUUGCCACCUACAACUAACAUUUCUCAGUUUCAUGUUUUGACCAAAAAUCAUGAAACUUCGGCAAGAGCAGUUCACAGAUGGGCACGUCAGCACAGUUGAUACUGCAUUUUAUGUUUAUGCAUAGUUUUAAAUAAGCAUGUAGGCGAAAAAAAAAAUCAUGUUUGACAACCAUGAUGUAGCUUAAAAUCUUGAAAAACGUUUGUGGAUUAUCAAACUCCGUAUUGGUAAUUCAUGGUUACUGUUACUGAUUCUAACUGUGCAAUUAUCGAAUUCAAUCUUCUGCUGGUA